AUGCUGGGCUCCAAUAAGGAAGCCUCCGCAGCGCUCGUCACCACGCCUCCUGCCGACGAGGAGCUGAAUCUGAAACAGCUUGCGCGCGAGGUCGACAAACUCCGCUCGAAGAACAGCUAUGAUCCCGCCCUCAGUCGCAUCUAUCGCUACACUCCCAUUCCCACUAUUGUUUUGGACCCCUCCUGGUGUAUCGUCGAGGUUUCAAACAGCCAUCUGGCCUUUUCCGGACAAUCCAGGGAUGGCUUGUUGCACGCCUGCAUUAGCGACCUGCCUCCCCACGCCAUUCCCGUCCCCGAUAUCGCGACCAUCUACGGGGCCCUACACGCCGCAGUCGCCACGAAAGACAUCCAGACGGUCGAAGACAUUCACUGCGGCGAGAUCGGGGCCUUCUUCCGCCUGCGCGUCAUACCCAUCUUCGACGAGUCCGAGCUUCUCUAUAUCAUCCUGGAGGCCAACAACAUCACCAUGGACCACCUACAUGCGGCGGACCACCAGCACGCCUACGUCAACGAGACCUACAAGAUCCUCGUCGACACCGUCAAGGAUUACGCCAUCUUCAUGCUGGAUACCAAGGGCAACAUCGUCACCUGGAAUUCAGGUGCCGCCAUUCUGAAAGGAUACACCGCCCCCGAGAUCAUCGGUCGUCAUUUUUCCGUCUUCUACGGCCCCGAGGACCGUCGCAAUGGCAAACCAGGCCGCGGGUUGGCCGUGUGCCUGCGCGAGGGGAAGAUGGAGGAUGAGGGCUGGCGCUAUCGCCAGGAUGGGUCGCGAUUCUGGGCGAACGUCAUGAUCACGCCGAUCUACCAGUUUGGUCGACAUGUUGGCUUCGUGAAGGUGACACGUGACCUGACUGAGCGGAAGGCCGCGGAGGCGCGUAUGAUCGCCGCGUUUGAGGAAUCGUCCAAGAUGAAGACGGAUUUCCUCGCGAAUAUGAGCCAUGAGAUUCGCACGCCCAUGAACGGCAUGCUGUUGGCUCUGACGAUGCUGACUGGGACGGAGUUGACCGACCAGCAGCGCGAGUACGCCGCCAUCAUGGAAGACUCGACGUCCAUCCUGUUGCAGGUAAUUAACGACGUGUUGGACUACUCCAAGCUGUCGUCGGGGUCGUUCUCGCUCAAUUCCGACGUGGUGAAGGCGGAAACAAUUGUGGACGCUGUUGUGCGAAAUUGUCGCUCCGGUCUGAACCCAGAUGUCGAGCUGACAUGCUCGUUCCAACCGGGAUUUCCGACUAACCUCCAGGGGGACCCCUUGCGCUUCCGCCAGGUGCUGCAGAACCUGCUGGGUAACGCUGUGAAAUUCACUGAGAAAGGUUAUAUCAAACUUUCCUUAUCAUAUACUGCAGUCGAAGACGACGACACCGACACGAAGGACAAGACCAGCGACGACAGUGACAACGAGAAGAUCCCAUCCGCAUAUCGUAUUCGGACUGAAGUGACCGAUUCUGGUGUCGGUGUCCCAGACACCGCAAUCAACACGCUCUUCACGCCGUUCACACGAUUUGCUGACGCCAGCGUGCGUCACUAUCAAGGCACUGGAUUGGGGCUCUCGAUCUGCAAGAGCCUAGCGGAGUUGAUGGACGGCACGGUGGGAUACCAGCCAAACCCAGAAGGCCCAGGGAGCAUGUUUUGGUUCACCGCGACGAUGAGUGCCAUAGAGCCCAGCGCGUCAGGGAAACUGGAACGCCCGAAUCCCCGUCCACCGCUGUCUGACGGGGCAGACCUUACGGCGGCGAUACGGGAGAUCGCGCCCCGUAAACAUAUCCUCCUGGUCGAGGAUAACCUGGUCAACCACAUGGUGAUGCUGAAAUUGCUGCAGAGCUUUGGAUUUGAGCGGAUCGAUGCGGCGUGGGAUGGCGCCGAGGCAGUGCGACUGAUCCAGCAGACGCCGCUGUCGUUUAACGCCGUGCUGAUGGAUAUCAACAUGCCUGUCAUGGAUGGGAUGGAGGCGACAUCGCGGAUUCGCCGCAUCAAUGCGGAUGUGCCGAUUAUUGCGCUCACGGGGAAUGCGCUGAAGGGCGAUGCGGAACUGUAUCUGGCCAAGGGGAUGAAUGAUUAUAUCGCAAAGCCGGGACGUGAGUUGGGACUAACAUUACAGUUACUGGAUUCACAUUCGAGCGACCUCUAUGCCGAGACGGCGAGAGCUACCUCCGAUAGCCUCGUCCUACGUCCACAAACAUGCGAUAAUCCAGCCUGUGCACCCGAGAGAUAG